AUGGCUCCCAAGGUUGCUAUUGUCUAUUACUCCAUGUAUGGCCACAUUCGCCAGCUGGCAGAGGCCGAAAAGAAGGGUAUUGAAAAGGCCGGCGGAAAGGCCGACCUGUUCCAAAUCGCCGAGACGCUUCCCAAGGAGGCUCUCGCUGCCAUGGGUGCCCCCGGCCAGCCCGAGGAUGUCCCCCUUCUCGAGGGAUCCGAGGGCCCCAAGAAGCUAGAGGAGUACGAUGCCGUCCUGAUGGGUAUCCCCACCCGUUACGGCAACUUUCCCGCCCAGUGGAAGGCCUUUUGGGACCGCACCGGCGGACAGUGGGCCAACGGUCUCUACCACGGCAAGCUCGCCGGUCUGUUCGUGUCCACCGGCACCCUCGGCGGCGGCCAGGAGUCGACGGCCAUUGCCGCCAUGAGCACCCUGGCCCACCACGGCUUCAUCUACAUUCCCCUCGGCUACGCCAAGGCCCCCGGCCAGCUCAUGAACAUUAGCGAGGUCCACGGCGGCAGCCCCUGGGGCGCCGGCACCUUCUCGGGCGCCGACGGCUCGCGACAGCCCUCUCCCCUCGAGCUCGAGAUUGCCGAGGCCCAGGGUGCCUACUUUUGGUCCAUCGCUGCCAAGCACUUUGGUUGA